AUGACAGACAGCAAACCCCCUAAAGCCCGAGGUGCUGCAUCAGGAGCAGGAGGGGCUUCUGGAGGUGCCUCUGCUGCUGGUGGUGGUAGUAGGCAAUCUAGUGGAGGAGCCCCAGCCCCAGCGGCAGCAGCAGCAGCAGGAACAGCAGCAGCAGCAGCAGGAGGUUCUGCUGCUGGUGGAAGCUCUUUACCUCCUCCUUUAGCUGCGCCUGCUGGCAGCAACGUGGGCCAUCGACUGGCCGACUUGGGGCGAAGCAUUCUUUCUCGCUUUUCCUUUGUUCCCCAGACAUCUCAGUUCGUAGAUAAAGGGACGAUGACCCCUCAGGAGUUUAUCGAUGCUGGAGACCUCCUCGUCUUUAAGUUUCCUACCUGGCAGUGGGAGCCCGCUGUCGGCAAACGGGCCAGGGAAGACGCAGAGGGUUGGGUGCUGCCAAUAGAUGCAGACCCUGAGGAGCUUCACAGCGAACCAGCGGUUUCUUUGGGGGCUUCUACUGAUAGACAGACCUCGAGGGAGGCUUCGACAGGCGAUGGCCUCUCUUUGCUUCCCGAAACAACAGAUGACCCGGCGUGUGCGGAGUCUUCAACGUCGUACUUUGUUCGCCAGGCGCCCGAUGCUGAUGUGCUGAGUGUGCGAACGUAUGACCUGAGCAUUACGUACGACAAGUACUUCCAGACGCCUCGGCUUUGGCUGUUUGGUUAUAACGAGAGCGGCACCCCCUUGACCCCUGCGGAGAUAUUUGAAGACAUCCUGACAGAUUAUGCGGCUAAGACGGUGACGGUGGACCCUCACCCCUGCACAGGAGUCCCCACAGCUUCAAUUCACCCUUGCAAGCACGCCCAAGUGAUGAAGAAGGUUGUGGACCAUUGGCGCUCUCAGGGCGUCGAGCCUCGGCCUGAUUUGGCGUUGAUAGUUUUGCUGAAGUUCAUCUCCAGCGUCGUCCCCACCAUUGACUACGACUUCACGAUGGACAUAGACAUGGGCCUCUGCGGCCCCCAAACAAACAAAUCUAAAUCCUAA